UUUCAGGUUUCUCGCCUUCCCCAGGGUUCUCUGCUGUGGGAUCCUUGGAAGGUGGUGGCUACACACUUGGAGGCUAUAUGAGACGAUUCCCAUAUGUAUGGACACAUCUUCAGAGUUCACCCCACCCUACUUCUCACCUACUCCUCCAUGCCCCCUCCUCCUUCAGAGACGGGUGUUACCCGCAUAUCCUACUUCCCAAUCUCGGCGAUACGAAACGGGCGCUGGGCAGAGCUAUUCCUGAUAACGGUAGUGAUCACACUAUGUCUAAGUUUGAUCAAAUAUAACGUUUCAAAAAAGAGGAGGAAACGACAGACAGAUACCGAACAAUUCGAAGUGAAGGACAUAUUCCGAAUCACCCACUCCGGCAAACAGAAGGAACUAUCCCAUCCCCAUACCCGGCUCCUCCAAGAACAACCACCACCACCACCACUACCCUUCACCCCCAUAUACCCUUGGCUCACACCACCUCAACCCCUACCAAUACCUCACGGAGCGGAAACUUUUCCUCUCCCAACUCUAAGGAGACACUCGUCGGCGCAAACCUCACAGCACCAGCCGACAUCCGAAUCAAGAAUAGUUUCUUAUACACGCCGAGUAUCGACCAACAGUAUUCCGGCCCGGACAUCCGUCCUCCACGGUACAGUGACUACUUCUCAAAAGGGAUGGCGGCGGCGUCAAUGGGUUGUUACUGGGGGAUGACGCAGUGUUGCUCUUGGGGAAAGGCACGUGACGGGGGUAUUCGCUACCAUCCAAUGUACCAUCACGGUCUGAAGAAGGAAUUGCAUCGGGUGCCUGCUGGACCUUAAUCUGCGUCAAAGACCUUGAAUCAGAGGCGGUGAAGAGUGGCUUUGGAGGGUUUCCACUCGUCGAACUUGGGGCAAUUCUUUCAGUCUGUUAGUAACCUGUGCAUUUUCGAUGCAAACAUACGUUAUUUUUUUUUACCUUC